UUAUAUACAUAAUUUAUACCUUUAAACAAAAUGUUAAGUUUGUGAAAUGUGUAUCUUAGUUGUGCAGGAAUAAAGAAAAUGUGAAUUUUCUCAUGUGUUUUUAAAAUUCUUUUGUUUCAAUUUUAUUUGUUUCAUUGAAAUUCUCAACAGAUUUCAACAACAACGCCAAUAAAAUAAAACCAUAAAACUCCGUACACAAUGAAGUGCUUAAAAUUGCAGAUGAUUUUCACAAUUGGUACCUGUUUAAUACCAUCGUUAUAUAAGACAGCACCCAUAGAUUAUAACAAUACAAGAAACAGAAGUAUCAACAUAAAUAAUAAGAAUUAUAAUAAUAAUAAUAAUAACAAUAAUAAAGAUGUGGUUGUUCAUAAAACAACAAAUGGCAAUAGUUAUGAUUACAAUAAAGUAUUAAAUUUAAGUUUAUUAUUUUAUGAAGCACAGCGUAGUGGUUAUAUACAUAAUAAUACACGUAUAUCAUGGCGUAGUGAUUCUGGAUUAAAUGAUCGAGGACAACAUGGUGAAGAUUUAAUAGGCGGUUAUUAUGAUGCCGGAGAUUUCGUUAAAUUCGGUUUUACCAUGGUAUUUACAACAACCAUGUUAGCAUGGGGUUUAUUAUCAUAUAAAGAUGCAUACACAGAUGCAGGUCAAUAUAAAGAAUGUUUAAAUGCAUUAAAAUGGGCAACUGAUUAUUUUAUUAAAUGUCACGUUAGUCCAAAUGAAUUUUAUGGUCAAAUUGGUGAUUUUCAAUUGGAUCAUAAAUAUUGGGGUCGACCCGAAGAUAUGAAUUUAAGUCGACCAGCAUUUAAAAUAGAUGCAGAUCAUCCAGGAUCAGAUUUGGCUGGUGAGGCUGCUGCAGCAAUGGCAUCUGUUAGCUUGGUGUUUAAAGAUAUCGAUGAUAACUAUUCACAAAUAUUGAAAAAGCAUGCAAUUGAAUUGUAUGAUUUUGCUAUCAACCAUCGUGGAUUAUUCCAUCAAUCUAUUCCAAGUGCUACACAAUAUUAUGAAUCAACUGGUUAUGCAGAUGAAUUAAUUUGGGCAGCACUUUGGCUAUUCAAGGCAACAAACGAAUCCAAAUAUUUAGACGAAGCAGAAAUCAACUACCGUAAAUUUAGAUUACAAGAACGUCCAAAUGAUUUCUUUUAUGAUAAAAAAGUGGCUGGUGUUCAAGUUCUUCUAGCACAAUUAACCUAUGAUGAAGAGUAUAGAAAAGCAGCUCAAGCAUUUUGUGAUCAUACUGUAGAUAAUCAAAAGCGUACACCCAAAGGGCUAGUCUUUAUUGACAACGAAGGCACUUUGUCGCAUGCAGCAAAUGUUGCAUUUGUGUGUUUACAGGCAGCUGAUGUGGGAAUUUCACCUAGAAAAUAUCGUGAUUUUGCAAAACAACAAAUUAAUUAUAUGCUAGGAGACACUGGACGUAGUUUUGUUGUUGGUUUUGGUGAAAACUAUCCAAAACAACCUACACAUGCUGCCAGUUCAUGCCCGGAUCCACCAGAACCAUGUGAUUGGUCUGCAUACAAAUCGAACGCUUCAAAUCCACACAUAUUAUAUGGUGCUCUAGUAUCUGGACCAAAUGAAAACGAUGAUUAUGUCGAUUUACGUGAAGAACACAUAUAUAACGAAGUAACAUUAGAAUUUAAUGCUGGCUUUCAAAGUGCUGUUGCUGGAUUAAGACAUCUUCAAUUAAUAAAUUAUUUGUGACGAGUUUCAUAACAGAAAGUUUAUUAGUGCGUAUUUAAAAAUCUAGUCGAAAAAGUUUUUUGUAGAUUGUUAUUAGUGCCUUGUUUUGAAUAUACCUAUAAAAACGUUUUAUAUUUUCCGAAAGGAUUGUUUGUUCCGAAAGGAUGUCAAGUAUCUAGCUCACUUGAUUGUUCUCAAGGAGAGUGCGAUCGUCCACAUUAAGUGAUGAAUACAUUUCAUUAACUCUCUUUUCGGCCAAAUGUUAUCAAUGAUUGAUUUGUUAGAAACUGUUUUAAUAAAAAUGGCGUGAACUGCUUAAUUAGUAAAUAAUAAACUGUGAUAUUGGAGUGUUUAUUUUUUAAUAGGGAAUAAUAGAUAAAUAAUCUCGUAGAUAUAAAUAUUUGCAAGGUCCUGGAAUGUAUUGGAAAGGGAAGAUCAUUGGAGGGUGGUUUUUUAUCGGAGAAAUUUAUUUUCUAUAAUCAUUAUAUUUAGGGACCUUGCACAUUUCUAACUAAACAUUUUGUUCAGUGUAAGAUUUUUU